AUGUUUGGGGGCGAAGAAAAAGCUGACAGUUCCAUAAUAGGAAAUUCUAUACUUCCUCGCGAAUUUGGUAUCAAAAAUAGUGCUGAGGAAAUGCAUCUUUUAUCAAGUACUUCACAACAGGAAAUACAUCCCCAGUCCUUUCGAAACGCACGGUCAACGCGACCGGCACCUGCUCCACCGGUGGCAAUUGGCGUAAAAUUGAAACCACCAAUUCCAGCACCAAGACGAUUUCCAUCAGUUACACGAGGAAGUAAACAGCGAGACUGUUCAAGACGUUGCCGAGCUUUAUAUGACUGUAAAGCUGAUAAUCCUGAUGAGUUAUCAUUUCGACAAGGCGACAUAAUAGUUGUUACUAAAGAAAAAAUUAUGGGUGAAAAUGAUACGUGGAUGGAGGGAUAUUUGGAAAAUAAUCCGCUUUGCAAAGGUGUAUUCCCAAUUACUUUCGUAACCUUUCUCUCUUGA